AUGCCAAAUACUACUAAUUCAACUUUUUUUAACGAAUCCAGUGGGUUAAAUUCAGAAUCCUUUUCUACAUCAAAUAAUGUUGAAAACGAUGAGUAUUUUGUAUUAAUAAAGGCUAUAUCUGGUGUUAUAGAUGCGAUUUGGGAUCAGAGUGAAACUUCAAAUUUGAAUACAACGCCAUGGAAUAGGCUAGGUGCCAUUAGUAAAUAUUGUUGUUCGAUAUAUGGAUUAUCUUGUUUAAUAAUGGCUUUAGUUUUAAAUAGAACUUUGGUUAUGGCAUCAACGAAUAAUGUUCACAACCAGCAAAUUAUGGUUAAUAGAAUUAGACAAAGAAAUAGAGCAGAGAAUAAUCGUGAAAUCAAUAAUCGAUUCAACAAUGGUUGGGAUAGUAUUUUGCACAUAGAUCUAAUAAAAAACUAUUUGCGACUGUCCAAUAUGAUUAGAAGAAUCAGUAUUUUAAGUUUCAGGCUUAUAAUUAUAAGUAUUUUAUUAUAUCAAUUAUUUAAUGUGUUGGUGGUUAUUAAUUUGCAAUAUAAACUAGGUUUAAUGACUAAUAAACACUUGAGAUUUUUUUAUGAGUUGUUAUCGAAUAUAAAUUUGCUCAAUUAUGACGUUUUUCAAUAUCAUUCUUCCAAAUACAUGAAAACACCUCGAGAUCAAGUCAUGAUUGGCCCUACCAGUGAUGUUUAUUGGCCAAUAUUUUUGUCCUUUUGUUUACUGUCAUUUAUCGAAACAUUUAUUGCGUCAAUUCAAGGUAAGAAGCCUUAUACCGAAAGUGGAAUUACAAUAUUUGAACAUUCGUUAGCAUUUCAAGAAUUUAGCAGCAAUGGGGCUUUCUUUUUUAGCAAUUCAAAAUAUCAUAAACGACCAACUGAACAAAUAAUGAUAACGACUUUAUUUCUGAUAUUAAAUCAUUUAAACAUUCAUGUCGGGUCUAUUAUUAAUAAUAAUAAAACCAGGCUAAUACCUUCAACAAUAAUUGGGUUAGGAUUUAUAACGUAUUUCAUUGACUCAAUAUUGAAUAAAGAGUUGUUACAAUUUCCAUUUAUAUUAAUUUUAACAUUUACCCCUCAAGUGUUGAUACUAGGCAUUAUCUCAGUCAGUGUAAUAAUAUUUAUUUUAGCUAUUUUAGUAAAUGGAAUAAAAUUAGAGGGUUUAAAUUAUGCAAGUUUUUUUCUACAUGAAGAUCAAACAGUAGGUGAAGGUGACGAUGGCAUUACUUUUGAUAAUAGAGAAACAAAUUCAAUAUUCCGAAAUUUGAACAUAAAUUUGAAUGAUGAUUUUUAUACUGCUUUACUAAAUCUUGGUAUACUAGCAAUUACUCUGGCUGGUAAGUCAAGUUAUAUAACAGAGUUAAGCUUAGUAAUUUUGGAUAGCGAGACAUGGGUGGAAAGAAACAUUUGGGAAAAUGUCCAAACAAUCUUGAAUAAACAAAAAUUAAAUUCUGUUAAUAAUCUACAGAUGGUUGGUUAUGGGAAUAUAUUUGAGAAGCCUAGUCAGAAACUCAUCUCUAAAUUUAUAAAUUCCAGUGAUGAGUCAAGUGAUGAUUUUGGUUUCAGUUCAACAAAUAAUGAAUAUGAAUACGAUGUCACUAAUUUAAGAUCUAGUGUAAUAAAAAUAAGAGUUUUAUACAUUAAAGAAAUGCUUACAAGAUUUAUUCAAUUAUUAUAUGGCUUGUUGAUUAAACUUGUUGCUGCUAUAAUUUCACUUUUUAAAUUUCCGAAAUUAAAAAUUAACCAUCAAGAUGAAACGCGUGAUGAAACUGAGGAAGAAUUUAAUAUUAGAAAAUCAAAAGUACCUUCAUUUUUGAAAGAGUAUGUUAAAAAGAAAGAUCCAAAAAAAAUUAACCGUAUCGAAACACAAGAUAAGAGUGGAAACAGGCUGAAUUUAAUUGAAACUGACGAUGUUACAUAUGAAGAGUUGGAAUCUAACUAUGCCAAUCUAUUGUUGGGACCUAAAGAAAUAUCUGGUAUUGAUAAUUCAGUUGAUUAUCAAGUUAUAGAAUACGCUCUGGAAUCAGAUUAUGAAGAAUCAGAUAUUGAAGAAGUUAACUACAAAAAUCAACGAUCUUUGCAUAAAAUUGAUCAAUCAAUCCCAAUGGCUGAAUUAUUCUCAGCUGAAAAUUUUACUGAUUUAAUAAUUAAUUCAAAAGAUUAUAAUAUGGAUAUAUUACAACUGCAUUUCAAACGUUCCUUGUCAGGACCACUAACAAGAGCCAAAUAUAACAUAUCACGUAAUGUCAAUAAUUCAUCAGCAAUUUUAAAGCAAUUAGACGAAGAUGAGAGUUUGAGGUUAUUAGACUUGAUAGUUGCGAAAAGACUGGAAGAAACUGAUCGAGACAGUACAAAUGACAGAUCAUUGGAAUGUGUAAUUUGCCAGAUCAACCCAAGAGAAAUUAUAACUUGGCCAUGUAAAUGCUUUGCAAUAUGUGAAUCCUGCAGGUUAAGUUUGGUUAGUAAAAAUAUGGAAGGAUGUGUUUGUUGUAGAAGACAGGUCAAAGGUGUUUCUAAAAUUUUUAUACCUUAG